CACCGAGGCUGCAAAAAUAUUCCAAUCAAGCAAUCGAAACGUUUCGUGCACAUUAUUUACAAUGAAUACAAAUCAAUGUCGCUUGUGUUUAUGUACAAUAAAUAGUCUUAGUUGCAGUUCUUCCCUUGAAGACCCCAAUUUCGACGCCUUGAUAAAGAAUGUUUUCAAUUUUCCGUUACCGUCAUUCAACAUUCUGGAUAGGAGGAAUACCUUACCGUUAUUGAUUUGUUUCCAGUGUUCAACGACCGUAAAAAACUUUCACUACUUCAGCGAGCACGUAAAAUCCAACCAGAACAAACUCUAUUGCAUUUUUGAGGCAAAGCAACAAACCCCACAGCACGUAGUGGAUACUGAUCCACUAUCUAUUAAGCGGGAACCUCUACUUGAUGAAAAUGAUUCAGCUGUCGAGAAUAAUCACGACAAUUGCAGUUCUUAUUCGACUGUACUUGAUUUAGAGCAAGGUAUUGGUGGCACAUGUAGAUCAGCAAACUUUCCUAUUGAAAACAAUCGAUUUCCCUCUACUGAAUUCAAUCGCUUCGAAUGUGUUACGAAGGAAGAUCUUGUCGGAACACUAGAAAAAAUGGAUAAACGAGUCGCCGCUGCUACUAAGCAACUCAGUUUUCUUAUAAAAAAUAUGAAUUACAUUCAAAAGCAAUCAAAUUCGCAACAUAUAGCUCAGAGAAUAACCUUUAAGUUCGAUCCAGUAUCAUCUGUGGAAGAGCUCGAAUCAUUAAAUGAGGAAUUGAACAACAAGGAGUACAUGGCAAAGGUCGUGAAUUGGCUGGACGAAAAUAUUGAUGCAAACUGCUAUCAGAAUCGCUUACAUCAAUCGAUGGACUUAAUCUUUGCAAAAAAGUUUCUGGCAGGCUGUAGUUGGACAGGGGCGUCUAAGAAUGGUGUGGAAAAAAUUCCCUUAAGAAAUUAUACUAACAUAGCGACCUUGUUCAAAAAUGCAGGGAGUAUAGCAACGCAUAUGGUGACGGACAAAGGAGUGGCAUGCUUUUUCAUGAGGAAGCUCAAACACGCGAAAGCUAGGAUACAUGUUCAAAGAAGAUCGUCAUGUAUUUUAAGAGGUAAAAGGUAUAAAAAGCGUAGUGAAGUUGCGAAUGUGCGAAUAAAUGAAUGAAGGCAAAG